AUGGACGCUGCGCCGUCGCCCGUGACGGAGGAACCGCCUUCUCGGGACUGGUCGCUCCUGCCCCUCGACGCGCUCUCUUUGGUCUUCGUCAGGCUCGGGGCCUUGGAAGUCCUCAGGGGCGCUGGCCUGGUCUGCCGGUCGUGGCUCGAUGCGGCGAAGGUGCCAGACGUGUGGCGUGUCGUGGACAUGGAGAACCACAAGAUGAUGCUCACGAAGAAUUCAGAUGCCUUACAAGCGACGGCGAAGGUAGCUGUGGACCGUUCCAGUGGACAGCUUCAGUUGUUUGCCGGGAGUCAGUUUGUCACCGAGGAGCUCAUGCAGUAUAUUGUGGAAAGGUCGCCCUUGCUGAGUACCCUUCGGCUUGUAUCCUGCCGGAAGGUCUUAGGUGAACGACUUUCUGCUGUUAUAAGAGAGUCACCUCUGAGCAAGCUCAGUUCCCUUGAACUCGACUUCGUUGACCUCACAAUGGGAGAAUUAACUGUGGUUCUUGAGAACUGUCCUAUCCUUGAGGUUCUCACAGUGCGCGAUUGCUGGAAGAUGGACGAGAAAGACGAACAGGUCCUGCGAGCGAAAUUCAGCCGGAUCAAGACCCUGACGUUCGAGGAUUAUGAGGAUUUUGACUGGUACGACUACGAGUUUAUGAAGUGCUUGAGUAAUUUAUUUUGUGAUACUUAUCGUUACAUUUAUGUUUGUGAUGCUAGUAUGCUUUUAAGUAUGCUAUGCUAG